CCCCCACUGGCCACCGGCCUCCUCCAACUCCAACUGGUUCUCUAAUAUUACCCUUGCAAUUUCUUUCUUUUUCUUUUUAUUUUUUUUAUCUGAUGAUUUCACUCCGAUCAAUUCAUAAACAUAUACACUAUUCAGAGCUAGUAUAUUCAGAAGGAGAAGGAAGAAUAAUUCAAUUUCAGAAUUAGGAAUGAAGUAUAGAUGUGUGGAGUGCGGCAAUGGAAUGAAAUCCCUCUUCGUUCAAUACUCUCCCGGCAAUAUCAGACUCAUGAAAUGCGAGAAUUGUAAAGCAGUUGGGGAUGAAUACAUUGAAUGCGAAAUCAUGGGUUGGCAGAUUGUUGUUAUUGAUUUGAUUCUUCACAAGCCCAAAGCUUAUAGACAUUUACUCUACAAUGUGUUAGACCCACAGGCUCUCAAUUUGCAGGGUUUAUUGUGGAAAUGCAGUUUUGGUUUUCUUCUAUUGGAUGCUUAUAGGAGUUUGUUAAUAUGUAGAAGCAAAGAAGAAUGGAGUUUGUCCACAAGCAUUGAUUCUUUCAUUUGGACAUGUCAAAAGAUAUUGUUGGAUGUAUUUCUUGGAAACCUCAUGUUUUUUUCUACCUUUGUACUUGCCAUGAGGAUUUUUUUGGGUACAUGGUUUGGAUCCCUCAGCAGUUACAAAGACAUUUUGCUUGCAAUUCUCAUCUCAAGUUACUUCAAGUUGUGUCUCUUAGCUAUGAUGGUCUGGGAAUUUCCGUCUUCUGCGGUUUACAUCAUUGAUUUGUAUGUCUUCUCAUCCAACACAGUAGCACUAAAAGUUUGGAUGGAUGAUUCAACAGCACGCCAUUUAAAAGUAGACAAAUUCAAAUAUAUCUCCCAAAAUAGCAUCAGCUCAACCUUACAUAUGUAAUCAGUAAACAUUAAAGUACAUUACACGAUUGAAUUGCAUCAAAAUCUUGGAUUGAGAAAAAUGAAAGAAUGCUAAUUUAAAUGAAGGUCUUAGACAUUUCUUCAUUGCAUGUAGUAGAAUCUUAAGUGCAGUAAACGCCCAUUAACGAUUCCUUUUCUUCUGCACAAUUUUAACACCUCUGUGUAACACCAAUUCCAGAACGAAGCUGUUUGCAUUGAACAAUUAUUGUCAUAAAAUGAUCUUCAAUUUUUUUUUCAACAAGUUGCUGCUUUCAACCUUCAUCUAAUUUUUUCACUCAGAGGCUAGACUGAGACUGCAAUAGGAUGAAAUUAAUGAAGUCUCGAAGCCAAAAUUAAAUGAUCAAGAAACAUAACGUUGUUAUAGCAACCCUAUUCUAACACAUCAAACAGGGGUGGUGGCGCAGUUGGCUAGCGCGUAGGUCUCAUAGCUUCGAGUGAUCCUGAGGUCGAGAGUUCGAGCCUCUCUCACCCCAAAGUUUUUUAAUAUUGUUAUUAUUAUUGUCCCUAAUAUACUAGUAUUAUAUUUCACAUUUUCCAAUUAUUUUAGCUUUUGCUCUAAUUAUAUGUAAUGGUACCACACUUUGAUUAAUGUAUGAAUGGUUGUGGAAAGUAAAUAAAUAAAACUUUACUACUAGAAAAA